AUGUCCUCCUCCCGCUUCUCCUCCGGGGGAGCCUGCGGGCUGGGAGGCGGCUAUGGCGGCGGCUUCAGCAGCAGCAGCUUUGGUGGAGGCCUGGGUAGUGGCUUCGGAGGAGGUUAUGGCGGUGGCAUUGGUGGUGGCUUCGGCGGUGGUUUCGGCGGUGGCUUCGGCGGUGGCUUUGGUGGUGGCGAUGGCGGCCUCCUCUCCGGCAACGAGAAGAUCACCAUGCAGAACCUCAACGACCGCCUGGCCUCCUACCUGGACAAGGUGCGCGCCCUGGAGGAGGCCAACGCCGACCUGGAGGUGAAGAUCCGGGACUGGUACCAGAGGCAGCGGCCCAGUGAGGUCAAGGACUACAGCCACUACUUCAGGACCAUCGAGGAGCUCAGGAACAAGAUCAUCACGGCCACCAUCGAGAAUGCCCAGCCCAUCCUGCAGAUCGACAAUGCCAGGCUGGCAGCUGACGACUUCAGGACCAAGUAUGAGCAUGAGCUGGCCCUGCGCCAGAGCGUGGAGGCCGACAUCAACGGCCUGCGCCGCGUGCUGGACGAGCUGACCCUGGCCCGGGCCGACCUGGAGAUGCAGAUCGAGAGCCUGAAGGAGGAGCUGGCCUACCUGAGGAAGAACCACGAGGAGGAGAUGAACUCCAUGCGAGGCCAGGUGGGCGGAGACGUCAACGUGGAGAUGGACGCCGCCCCGGGUGUGGACCUGAGCCGCAUCCUGAACGAGAUGCGCGACCAGUACGAGAAGAUCGCGGAGAAGAACCGCAAGGACGCCGAGGAAUGGUUCUUCAGCAAGACCGAGGAGCUGAACCGCGAGGUGGCCACCAACAGUGAGCUGGUGCAGAGCAGCAAGAGCGAGAUCUCUGAGCUCCGGCGCACCGUGCAGAACCUGGAGAUCGAGCUGCAGUCCCAGCUCAGCAUGAAAGCAUCCCUGGAGAACAGUCUAGAGGAGACCAAAGGCCGCUACUGCAUGCAGCUGGCCCAGAUCCAGGAGAUGAUCGGCAGCGUGGAGGAGCAGCUGGCCCAGCUGCGCUGCGAGAUGGAGCAGCAGAACCAGGAGUACAAGAUCCUGCUGGACGUGAAGACGCGGCUGGAGCAGGAGAUCGCCACCUACCGCCGCCUGCUGGAGGGCGAGGAUGCCCACCUCUCCUCCUCCCAGUUCUCCUCUGGCUCUCAUUCGUCCAGAGAUGUGUCCUCCUCCAGCCGCCAGAUCCGCACCAAGGUCGUGGACGUGCACGAUGGCAAGGUGGUGUCCACCCACGAGCAGGUCCUUCGCACCAAGAACUGA